AUGCGCUCUAUUGUUCUGUCCGCACUGGCGGCGGGCCUCGCACAAGCUUACACUGUGACAAAUGUUGGGUUGUUCAUGUUCAAAAACAUAGAUCCUCUGGUGGUCCCUGGCAAAUACACCAGCCAUAUGCAUAGCUUCUUUGGCUCCGAUGCUAUCACUGCCAACACUAAAACAUCUGAAGAGCUGCAAAAGGGCUGCUCCACGGCCAAGAACCCCAACGAUUAUUCGACCUACUGGGUUCCAACCCUCUACCAUGUCGAUGGUUCAAAUUAUACUGCAGUGCCCAUCUUCCGAUUCAGCGCCUACUAUGUCGACGUCAGCAGUGCCGAGAUUGCCAUCCCCCAGAACAUGACACUUCUCGCGGGCAAUGCCACUGCUACGUCUCAGGACGGCGUGGAUGGCAACGCUGGUAUUCAAUGGUUCUGCGACAGUCAGGCAGGAGAGGAGAAGGACGACGCAGCCUUCCCAACCGAGACGUGCAAGUACCAUCUGCAGACUCUUCUCCUCUUUCCCGACUGUGCCAACCCAGACACCCUGGAGUAUGCUUACUCGGCCAACCCCAAUUGGGUGGAUGGCUAUGGUGAGAAUCGUUGCCCAAUUGGAAUGAAGCGUAUCCCUCGUCUCCGGUUCUCUAUCCGCUACGACUUGCGGAAAAUCCUCCCAGACGGCUGGUCCGGUAGCCCUCCCUUGGAACUCGCCUGCGGCUCCUCAUACUGCAGCCACGGAGAUUUCAUCAACGGAUGGCUUCCAGAGGCCGCAGAGAACAUGGUGAAGGACGCCGCCUCCAAUGACCGCGAGUAUUUCCAGGUAUCUGGUCCCAAUGGAGCGGGCGACGAAGGUUCCUUGUGCGAUGCAGAGGAUGCUCAGGAUAGUGACCCUACCCACGGUACCAAUGAUUACUGGGAGAGUGUGAAGAUGAUGGGUAUGAGCAAGAACUCGACCCUACUGAGGAGGAGUCUGUCUCGUCGUCGUCGUCAAUUUUAA